AACAAUUCUGUCGCUACCGUAAACACCCUCUCGGUAAUACGGCGGUGAUUCAAAACCAAAAACAUAAGGAAAGAAAACGUUCACUGCUCUCUUACAGUUCAGCUUCCGACCACUACCUCACCUCAAACCAGAAAUUCCCAGAAAUGGCAAUAUUUGAUCAAGCAAUCAGACGGCUUUCAUUAUCAUUAUCAAGAAAAAGAAGCAGCUUAAGCUUCUCAACACUUUCAUCCAAUCCUCUACGAGUCUGUGUUGUUGGAACUGGCCCUGCUGGCUUCUACACUGCUGAAAAGAUGCUGAAGGCGCAUCAAGGAGCUGAAGUUGAUAUCAUAGAUCGUUUGCCCACACCUUUCGGUUUAGUCCGCUCUGGCGUGGCACCUGACCACCCCGAUACUAAGAUUGUGAUGAACCAGUUCUCAAAGGUUGCGCAACAUGAACGGUGCUCCUUUUUUGGAAAUGUCACUCUUGGGUCCUCUGUCUCUCUCUCAGAACUUCGUGAGCUGUAUCAUGUGGUAGUGCUUGCUUACGGUGCUGAGAGUGAUAGAGCUCUAGGUAUUCCAGGAGAAUAUUUGUCAGGGAUACACUCUGCUAGAGAAUUUGUUUGGUGGUAUAAUGGGCACCCAGAUGGCAAAAACUUGAGUCCUGAUUUGAAGAGCACCGAUACAGCUGUUAUUCUAGGCCAGGGCAAUGUAGCGCUUGAUGUUGCCCGUAUCCUCCUACAAUCAACAUCAGUGCUGGCAACAACUGAUAUUGCCAGUCAUGCUUUGGAAGCUCUAGAGCAGAGCUCUAUAAGAAAAGUAUAUCUAGUUGGAAGACGUGGACCAGCCCAAGCAGCUUGUACUGCGAAAGAGCUAAGAGAAGUUCUUGGUAUUAAAGAUUUGUGUAUUCACAUCAGUGAAGUUGAUUUACGAAAAAGUCCAGAAGAUGAGGAAGUGCUUAAAAAUAAUCGAAUCCAUAGGAGGGUUUAUGAGUUGCUUUCAAAAGCAGCUGCUUCAGCACCUUCUCAUCCUAGUUCAAGUCAGCGUGAACUGCACUUUGUUUUCUUCCGGAAACCUGAUAGGUUUCUAGAUUCAGGUGAAGGCAGUGGCCGUGUUGCUGGUGUGCAUUUUGAGAAGACAAUGCUUAAAGCUGUUGGCCCUGGAAGGCAGAUUGCUGUGGGUACUGGAUCAUAUGAGGACCUUGACUGCGGGUUGGUGCUAAAGAGCAUUGGUUACAAAUCAGUGCCAGUCGAUGGUUUACCAUUUGAUCAUGAAAAAGGUGUGGUUCCAAAUAUUAAAGGUCGUGUUCUUGCUGAUACUUCAGGAGAUCCUACGUUGCUCGAGAAAGGUCUGUAUGUGUGUGGGUGGUUGAAGAGGGGGCCAACUGGGAUUAUUGCUACAAAUCUCUACUGUGCUGAAGAAACAGUGGCAAGUAUAUCAGAAGAUGUUCAUCAAGGAGAGAUAGCAUCCGCAUCUACCUUGCCAAAGCCUGGCCGACAGGGACUCCUUCAGUUGCUUGAUAAUAGAGGUGUUAGAGUUGUUCCAUUCAGCGCCUGGGAAAAGAUCGACUCUGAAGAGAGAAGGCUUGGGAACUUGAGAAGUAAGCCUAGAGAAAAAUUAACCACAUUUGAGGACCUACUGAAAGCUGCCACAGAGUGAUAUAUGCAUCAAUUUUGAGGUCAAAUGCAUUCUUUUUUUUUCUUUUGAACAAGUAAAUGUGACUUCAAUUUUUACUUCUUCAUCAUCGAUUACCUCUUGGGUUGAAGCCCAACAUCCAGCCAGCCAGCCAGCCUCUUUUUGGUUCCGACUUUAAGUGUACUAUUUGUUCUCUUUCUCAAUUUGUAGACAUAAAAAACAAGUGCACCUAGACAAAGCUUGGUCUCUGAAAUUUAAGAUUUAAGAAAUUAUCUGA